ACCCGUAUCCAGCCAACCCCGCUCCUGCCCCCUUUCAGUCUGCUUUGUCCGCCGCCCGCCCCCGCUCCUGCUGAACUAUCGUUUUCUUCUCAAUAGAGAGAAAGAAAGACAGUCAGAGAGAGAGAGAGAGAGAGAGGAAAGGUGCAACUUCAGUGACAGUCUAAUCCAAACCCUAAUCCACCACCCCACCCUCUCUCUUUCUAUCUUCGUUCGCAGACUGCCAAUUCCAUCUCUGUCAUGGACGCCGCCGUCGCAUCUUCGAGAGGGCUACGACCAUCCCUUCUGCCGCCCUCCUCUUCCUCCUCCUCCUCCGCUGCUUCGGCCCAUUCGAGAUCGAGACCAGCCCAUAUCUUCCUCAGAGCGAAUCCCGCCGGCUCUCGUUCCGCUCACCCGCCGAUUUCGCCCGGAAAUUUAGUUUGCAGAUCAUCUGCCAUGCGACAUGUUAUGGAGGUGGAUAAAGUCCUUAUGGAGGAGGUUGCAGACUUGGAAUCCUUUGCCUUGAUGGCUCUGUCACCAUUAGAUGGUCGGUAUGUUCAGAAGGUUAAGGAUUUGUCCCCGUUCUUCAGCGAGUAUGGUCUAAUUCGUUACAGAGUUUUAGUUGAGGUGAAAUGGUUGUUGAAACUUUCUCAGGUACCUGAAAUCAAGGAGGUCCCGACUUUUAGCAAGGAUGCAGAGUCUUUCUUGGAGAGAAUUGUUCAUGAUUUUGGUAUAAAAGAUGCAUUAGAAGUGAAAAAAAUUGAGAAAGUUACUAAUCAUGAUGUAAAGGCAGUCGAGUACUUCUUGAAACAGAAAUGCAAAUCCUGUCCCGAGAUUGCAAAGGUGCUUGAAUUUUUUCAUUUUGCUUGUACUUCGGAGGAUAUUAACAAUUUGGCCCAUGCAUUGAUGCUGAAAGAAGGACUCAACAAUGUUAUCUUCCCUGUUAUGAUUGAAUUGUGCAAAGCAGUAUGCACUAUGGCGAAGGGAUAUGCUCAUAUUCCUAUGUUGUCUCGAACUCAUGGGCAGCCAGCUUCACCUACUACUUUGGGAAAGGAAAUGGCGAACUUUGCUUUCAGAUUCAAUGACCAAGGGAAGAAUUUUAGAGAAGUAAAGAUAUAUGGGAAGUUUUCAGGUGCUGUUGGAAACUACAAUGCUCAUAAGACUGCAUAUUCUGAUAUCAACUGGCCAAAUAUCGCAGCAGAGUUUGUCAAAUCUUUAGGACUAGAAUUCAACCCUUAUGUGACACAGAUUGAGCCUCAUGACUAUAUAUCAAAACUUUACAAUGCUUUCGUCCAGUUUAACAACAUCUUGAUCGAUUUUGACAGAGACAUUUGGAGUUACAUAUCGUUGGGUUAUUUUAAGCAGGUAACGAAGGCUGGCGAGAUAGGAUCCUCUACAAUGCCUCACAAAGUCAAUCCUAUCGAUUUUGAAAAUAGUGAGGGUAACUUAUGCAUGGCUAAUGCUAAUUUAUCUGCCCUUAGCAUGAAGCUGCCGAUUUCACGCAUGCAGCGCGAUCUUACUGACUCAACUGUUUUGAGGAAUUUGGGUAUUGGACUAGGAUAUUCACUAGUUGCUUAUAAAAGUGCGCUUCAAGGAAUUAAGAAGCUACAGGUUAAUGAAGGUCGUCUAUAUGAAGACUUAGACGAGACAUGGGAAGUCCUUGCUGAACCAAUACAAACGGUGAUGCGAAGAUAUAAUGUUCCUGAGCCCUACGAAAAGCUGAAGGAGCUGACUCGAGGGCGAACCGUCACUAAGGAGAGCAUAAGACGGUUCAUCGAAGAUUUGGACUUGCCCGAAGAACCGAGGUCGGUUCUUUUGAAUCUGACCCCGCAUUCCUACAUUGGGGAAGCAGAAAACUUGGCUAAAUCCAUCGACAGUGUUGUCGAUUUCGCUUCUGGGUUUAAGAUUUAACAAUAAUUCUUUUUUCUGAUUCCUCCAUAGUAGAUGGCGCCGACCAUGAUAGAUUUUCAUCUAUUCUUCACUUUGAGGUUCAAAUGAGAUGUUUAUAGGCAAAUUUUUGACAUUUUGCCCUGUCCCUCAGCAAUUUUUGCUGUAACUAGAGGCAUCAAAUUUAAACUACUUGUCGGGCCUGUGGUAUCUCUUCUCUUAUUAGUGAUUGAUUUCUACAUAAUAUUGUUCUUUUGAUUUUGUGAAA